AUGAGCAACGACCAGCAACAGGAACCCAUUAACCUCUCCGAUCUUGGGGCAUCUCUCCCCUCGAACAUUGCUGGUAUUUUUUAUGUUCUUUUUUAUUUUUUGCUGCAGUGGCGUGAUCUUUCUAGAUGGAUUUUGUAAAAUUUCUUGCUUUGAUUUUGUCUAGGUCUGAGUGCCGAGGACCGGGCCGGCAUCGUCACCGCUCUCAAGGUCCAGCUCCUCCCUCCAGUUAUCAUGCAUUCUUGCAGCUGCUCUCUCUAUCCGCUUAUCUGCAUUGUUCUCCUUUUGUGCUAGUGGAUAUGCAUAUCCCUAUGACGGUGAAGUUCGAUUUACACUCUUCCUGCUUGCUAUGUUUUUAUCUGACGCAGCUCUGAAUUGACGGUUGCAGAACCAGCUCCAGUCACUGGCCCGGCAGCACUCGGAUGUACUAGAGUCACUGUCGCCCAACGUCAGGAAGCGCGUUGAGGUCCUUAGAGAGAUUCAGGUUCGCUCAUUUUGUUCUCUAUUUUCAGCUAGGGUUUAAGGAUAGCUUCUGUCUAUUUUGUCUUUUAUGAUCUCAUUACACGUACGUUGCAUUGGACUGCACUAUUUCUUGAUGCUUGUCUAUGUCCCUGCCAUGUCUUUCACCGUUUCUUUAUUCUUGAUGUAAACUCCGGUUUUUUUUUUCUCAUUUAGAGGGAAAGCGUUCUCUAGAGUGAUACUGUUCGUCAACUUCUCCUCCAUGGCGAGUUCCGUUCACUUGUCUUUCAAACCAAUAUCUGCUAUCCAACAUUGAUAAUCUAAUUAUGUUCUCGGAGAUGUAGCCUAAGAAACCAGGCGAACUGCUUGUUUCUCUCUAGUAUUAUAUUCGUGUUCUUAACGAAGCAAGGACUUCGUUAGUGCAAAUGCUUUGCAGUAUAACGCCAUUCCUGAUCUCAUUUAUAUUACCACCGUCCUUUUCGUCAGAGUUCAUGUUUCUCAGCAUAACGAGGAAGGGAGUUUUUAUUUCUUGACAAUUGAUACUUUUAUGAUUCUAUUUUAUUUUUAUCAUUGUUUUUGUGUCCAACACACGUGAUCAAGACAAUAAGAUUCAUUGGAUCCAGCCAAAAGCCUCGAAAAUGACAGUGUCAAUUUUUUUCUCCUUCAAAAUUUGUCCAAUGGUUCUUGUGACUGUCAUGUUUCACUUGUUACGAGAAAUUGAAUGCCUGGGUAUGUUUUUCUUUGGUUGAUGGAUUUCUGAUAAUUUAAGUUGUGAAUCAAACGAAAUUUUACUUCAUUCCAGGUAUUGAAGCUUAGUCGUUUGCCAUCCUUUUUGUGCGUGGUCUUCUUUCUUGAUACCUUUGGGGGCUAGUUUUUUUUUGGGAUUUUUCUGGACAAUGAAGUUGUUUUUUGCUAGUCAUAACAUAUGUUUAUGAUUCUAACCUUCAUUGAUAUAUUCAUAUUAAUAUCCAACUUCUGUUGUUUCAUUGUUGAAUGUUGGUGUAGUUAACCUUUUGCGUUCCUAGUACCCUGUUUUUGGUUUUCCAAUCUCUGUUACUGUGUGAUGCAUUUUUAUGGGUUUAUCCGUUGGUAGACUUGUCUGUGCACAGUUGAUCUUGGCUGUGCACGAUUUUAGGCUGUGCUGAAUGUGAAGUUUAUGCACAUCACCAUGGAAUCUCUAUGUGGAUAUAUGUUUUGCCGAUGCUUAAAACUUGUUAACCGCCAUUCAUGUUUCUCUAUUCAUACAUUUUCAGCUAUUGUCUAAGUAGUGUGACGACCCUUCUUUUCAUCUGAUAUUUUUGAUGAUGGCUUGCAGGGCCAACAUGAUGAGCUUCAGGCAAAGUUUUUCGAGGAAAGAGCAGCACUGGAAGCAAAAUAUCAGAAAUUAUACGAACCACUGUACACCAAGGUUCAAUUAUUUUAUUGUCACUACGGAUAUCUUAUUUUUUUAAUUAUCUUGAAAAAUAUGCAAUUGUACAUAUAGAAUAUGUGUUGACUGCGUAACAAAGGGACAGGGUGACAAAGACGAGUUAUGCUUAGAGGCAUGCUUCCGUGCGUGUGCUGCGCACGUUUUAUGUUCAUUUUUUUCUAUAGACACAAAGUUAGUGGAGUGAAUUGAGUUUGCCUUUUUCAUGGAUUUUUAGCGUUUUGAGAUUGUGAAUGGUGUCGUUGAAGUGGAUGCCAACAGCACUGGACCAGGGGAAACUCCUGCAGGUGAGAAAGUGGUCGAAGGUGUGUAUAUGAGUUCUUGCGAAAAUUACUGUUGAAAACCACUUCAAAGAUACUGAUGUUAUGUGUCUACUUCAGAGAAGGGUGUACCAGACUUUUGGCUUACAGCAAUGAAAACGAACGAAGUGCUGGUUGAGGAGGCAUGUUAAUUUUCUUCAUCCAAGUUGCAUUCUUGAGACAUUUCGUGAUGGAAUUCUUAUCGUUUACGUUCAGAUUCAAGAGCGUGAUGAAGGGGCCCUCAAGUUCCUCAAGGAUAUUAAAUGGUCGAGAAUUGACAGUCCGAGGGGUUUUAAACUUGAAUUCUUCUUUGACUCCAAUCCUUACUUCAAGAACACAGUCUUGACUAAGACAUAUCACAUGAUUGAUGAUGAUGAACCGAUUCUUGAGAAGGCAAUCGGGUGCUUCUAUUAUCCUCUAGUUUUCUUCUUUGGGUAAUUUAUGUUCAUCAGAUAGAUCAUGACUGGUGGGUCCUGUUCUUCAUUGAUGCUUCUUCAGGACAGAGAUUGAAUGGCAUCCCGGGAAGUGCUUGACCCAGAAGAUACUGAAGAAGAAACCCAAGAAGGGAUCUAAGAACUCCAAGCCCAUCACCAAGACAGAAAACUGUGAGAGCUUCUUCAACUUCUUCAAUCCCCCCCAGGUUCCUGAUGAUGAUGUCGAUCUCGAUGAAGAUGCUGUAAGCCUCCUGUUAGCACUGCGUUAGGAAAGUCUUUGCCUUUUUAAGUAUGUUAAUUGUGGUUGUGAUGUCACAUCUGACCUAACUUGACAGGCUGAGGACCUGCAAAACCAAAUGGAGCAAGAUUAUGAUAUUGGGUAAGUGUGGCCAUUGUUUCUGAAGUUGCAGCAAGCUUCUGUUCAAUUUCUUUCUAUUACUAUGAAGAGAAAUUUCUCAUAUUUAUGUUAGCUCGUGGCAUUAAUGGAUGCUGAGAUCCCGCAGGUCUACUAUCCGCGACAAGAUAAUCCCCCAUGCUGUUUCAUGGUUCACCGGAGAGGCUGUCCAGGGUGACGAGUUUGAAAUCGGAGACGAAGAGGACGACGAGGACGAAGAUGACGAUGAAGACGGCGACGAGGAAGAUGACGAUGACGAGGAAGAGGACGAUGAAGACGAUGAAGACGAUGAGGCCCAGCCCAAGAGAAAGGUGCCCUCCCCUCUCUCUCCCUCGCCCUCUCUCUUUCUCUCUCUACCCUCUGCGCAAUAUCUAACCUCUCGUCGUCUUCUCCCUCUUGGAAUUUCGUCGAGCAGCCGGCGACAAGCCAUAAGGUACACUCUCCGGUCUUUAUCACCUUCCCUCUGUCAGAAGAAAACAAAGUCGCUUUUGAAUACAUUUACCCAGCUAUUCAUUUUCUCUUUGUUAUUGCUCGUAUAAGGGGACGAAGGGCUCCGGCGAAGGCCAGCAGAGACCACCCGAGUGCCAGCAACAGUAG